AUGAUUUCUCUAGAAAAUGAAAAAGUCCCUAAUUCCACCCCCACCAGCUCACCUUCCAGAUACAUUCUCUCACUCUCAACUUCUUCUUCUUCAUCUCCGGCGAGAUCGCCGGCGCCGCAUCAGCCGGCUGCCACCCCUUCUCCUGCCGGAAACCACCAUCACAGAACCAAUAUUCUUUUUUUUGUUUCCCUACAUCUUUCAUUCUACCUAAACAGGCUGCCACCACUUCUCCUGUCGGCGCUCCACCACCCCUACACUCCAGCAACAAAGUUUGUAGUUACAGAAGCAAGCAGAUCGGAAGCCGACCCAAAAAUAGGGACUAAACGUGCUGCGGUUGGGUUUAGAUUGGACAGCCUCUUAAAACUUAAUGAAACACAUGCCAAGAGCAAGAAAAUGACUCUCAUGCAUUAUCUUUGUAAGGUGCUUGCAGACAAACUACCUGAACUCCUAGACUUUUCCAAGGAACUUGCCAGCUUGGAGCCUGCAUCAAAGAUACAGAUAAAAAUCAUGGCAGAAGAGAUGCAAGCGAUUACAAAAGGAUUAGAGAAAGUAGUCCAAGAAAAGAAAUUGUGUAAAAAAGAUGGUCAUGUGUCUAAAAUUUUUCGGAAGUCUCUGAAAAAGUUUCUUGCUUCUGCGGAACCUGAAGUGAAGUCCCUGGAGGCCUCACUUUUCUCAAAGUUGGGUAAAAGUGUGGAUGCUUUAAUUAUUUACUUUGGAGAAGACCCUAAAAAUUGCCGGUAUGAAACAGUUGUUGACACUUUGCUUAAGUUUGUGAGAAUGUUUAAUCAAGCCCAUGAUGAAAACUGCAAGCAAAUAGAGGCGGAGAAGGUUGCAGAAAAGAAGGCGGCACAGAAAGCAGCCGAACAAGAAAUAUUAAAGGCAGAUGAAAAAAAAAAGUCAAAAGUACAAAAUCAUUCGAAAAUGGAGUCAGAAUCAAUAAGAAAUAAAACUGCUAUAGAAAGUGCCGAAUACUUUUUUUGCUUUUUCCCUUUCUAUAUAAUUAAAAACUGGUGGAAAAAUAGAAGCGGCUUUCUGGUUGCAGCUGCUGGUGUGUGUGUUCCAGCCUUCUUGGAUGAAAAAAAUGUGCUGGAGGAUCACCAGAGUGAAGUUAUGAUUUGAAGGUUUGAGCUCCAUCAGAGGAUCACCCUGAUUUAUCUGCCUAAUUCGAAAUUGAUGGACUAUCUGAUAACCGGUGGUGUUUAGAUACGGAUUCUACUGUUUCGUAUCCAUUCUAUCGAAGAAACCCUUGGCAAAAUGGUUAUUUAUAUGAUUUAAGAGCUUAGAUUAAUGAAUAUGAUGCUUAUCAACUAAUCUAUUAAUUAAUCUUAAAAGGCAUGUUAACAAG